CCUUGGUUUUGCGUCUGCUGGACCGCUGUUUAUUGGCACUGGCUACCUGGCGGCAGAACUCGUGGGGACCACAGCGGAUGCUUUCCAAUGGAUUAUGAUUGUGUUCUCGUUCGGAGGUCCCGUUACCAUCCUAAUAGUCACCGGUCUGGUGUACGCGACUACGUCAGCUUUGCCGCACUAUGUGGCACUUAGCAUUGCUCCUUACACCCUGCUUUGCUUGUUCUUCAAGAUAUGGAGGAACGAAGAGAAGACCAAGCAGUGUGACUUCCUCGGGUUGGACUGCACCGGCGGUCUAAUGCAAUUCACUUACAACGGAAUAGGCUUCGAGUUAGUGGCCGUACUAGCCGAAGGCUUGCUCCUGAUGGCGCUCAUGAUCUUCCUGAUGUCCGGCUACUUGCUUUCGGAACACGCCCUCGUGAGCGAUGAACUGCCCGGUGAACAAGACGUGGAGGAGGAGAAGAGGAGAGUAAAAGCUGCGCGCCAGAAGGACGGGCUCGCAGGCUACUCGCUCCUAGCCUGUAAUCUGCACAAGCGGUUUGGCACGCUGCACGCGGUCCGUGGCAUAUACAUGGCGCUCCGGCCCUCAGAGUGUUUCGGCCUCCUCGGCGUGAAUGGGGCCGGCAAAACCACCACGUUUCAGAUGCUGGCCGGUCUGAUCAGUGUCUCGGACGGGGACGCUGUCACCACGGUGGCGAAACUCAGUGGAAACAUCCGCCAGUGGCAGUCCCAGAUCAGCUACUGCUUCCAGCUCGGAGGCCUACUGGACAACAUGAAUGCGUACGAGUACCUGUAUCUGGUCGGUCGGCUGCGAGGCAUCCCUGAGAACGAAUUAAAGCCCAUGGUGGACAGCAUCUUAUCCGUCGUCGAUCUCACAGAGCACGCCUCAAAGCAGUGCGGCGUGUACAGCGGAGGCAACCGCCGAAAGUUGUCCAUCGCUGUCGCUCUGCUGGGACUGCAGCCGUUCGUGUUCCUGGACGAGCCGUACGCGGGGGUGGACGUCGUAUCACGGAACAAGAUCUUCCGAGCCGUCGCAGAGAUCAAGAAACGCUCGAUGACGACCUUCGUGCUCACGUCACACAACAUGGACGAAUGUGAGUUUUCUUGCGACCGGCUCACCAUCAUGGUCGACGGCCAAAUGAUGUGCCUGGGCACGCUGCAACACCUGCGGGAGAAGUUCGGUCAGGGCUACCGAGUCGAGUUCUUUCUCAACCCCACUGUCGCUGUAGACGAAGUCAAGCUCAUGCAAGCUGUGGACAAACUGUUUCCCGGCAUUCAACUCAAGGACACCCAGAAGAACCUGCUUUACUACCACCUUGUGGAGCGAAUCCCUUGGAGCGAGCUGUUCACCAAGGUGGGGAAACUCCAGAAAAACUACCCCCUCGAACACGUCCUCGUUGGCGAGAACACCCUGCAGGACAUCUUCUUGAACUUCGCCAAAGCACAAGGAAGCCUCCGUGUUGUGGCUGUUGGUUCAGCACCCAGCGUUGGUUCACCAUCCAGCAGCACAAGAUCUCCAGGGGCCCUUUCGGCAGCUACGUCAGCUUGAACGUAGACCCGACUAAGGCUUCAGCAAAUUGCUUGACGGGCGGAGCAAUAACAGCUUUCAUGGCAUCAAAUGCUUUGAGCUCAAUAUUUUAUUUUGCUGUUUAUGACGGCUGUUCCUCGAAGCCUC